AUGGCUGAGCUUCAGCGGUCAAAGACUGGAGACGUCCGAACCAGAGUGGACGACUACUUGAAUGACAAGAUCCAAACCGCGGCGGAUCUUGAGCAGGUGGACUCUCUGCUACAACGAGUACAAGAACAACAAGAUCUAUUGCGGAGACAGCUAGAAGAUGCCAGAAAAGACCUUACCGAUGCACAAAAGCGGGUUGAUGAGCGAUCAGACGAGCUGCGGACGAAAGCAGAAGCAUAUCAAAGAGAGCAGGCGCAGCUGAACGAGCGGCUUCACGAGCUUACAAGGUCAUCUGUCAGCGACGAUGCCGCGCAAAAGUUCGAGGCUCGUAUGAGCAAGGUCCGCAGUUUAGAGAUUGCUCAAGCCUACCUUGAAAUGGUCCAGCAGAUGAACACACUGAAUGACGAAGCGAGAUCGACCCUAUCGGUCAAGGCAUACAAUCGGAUAAGAGCCCUUUGGAAACACGUCCAGGAUGCACAGACAGUCGCCGAAGGAGCCGCUCCUCAGCUCGUGUAUCUGUUCGAGCAGACGUCCAAGCAGCUAUAUGAGACCUUGAGAGAUGCUCUGGAAAACGAGCUUCGGAAGACGCUAGAGCAGAUGAAAUGGCCUGGAAAGGAGCUGAACUUCUCGGGACGUCUGCGCCAGGAAUGGGAGGAACAGACUCGGCGACUUCUCGAACUUCAAGAUCCCGACCUGAUUGAAGCAUUUGCAGAUAUCGACAUUCGAAGUCGAUCUGCCGCUCCCGAUCCCGUGGUGCUCCUCCCACUCGCAGUAAUGGUCCAACCUCUCGCGGUGAGGUUCCGUUACCAUUUCUAUGGUGACAAGCCGACCAAUCGACUGGACAAACCAGAGUACUACCUUACACACGUCCUAGACUUACUGGAGCGCCACAGCGGUUUCAUGAACGACAUGCUCGGCCCCAUCCUCGAUGAAAGAGCAGUGAACUCAGAAACUCUGGAGUCGAUCUACACCGAUGCCACCUCGGCUUUCAUCACUGCCCUGCUGCCCAUGGUUGAAGCAAAAUGUCUGUCCUUUCUACCACAGAUUUCCCAGCAACCACAACUACUGUCCCACUUCCUGCACGAGCUAAUGGCGUUCGACACCACUCUUCGCGAUACAUGGGGUUAUGUUCCUAUCCCCCGAAUGGUGGCCGAGUGGAAAGGGUUGACCUGGAGAAUGCUCAACACGCACGGCUAUUUCGACACCUGGCUACGAGUCGAGAAAGACUUUGCACUUUCCCGCUACCGAAGCAUCAGAGAUGCCCCGGAUAGCAAUGACAUUGACUUUGACGCCGAGUCCGGGCAAACGAAGCCCACGAAAGGCGCGAUCCGCGUCAACGACCUCCUCGAGACCAUCACGGACCGAUACCGGAGCCUCUCCUCGUUCAGCCAAAAGAUGAAGUUCCUUCUCGAGAUCCAGCUGUCCAUCUUCGAUGACUAUCACAGCCAUCUCCACGGCGCUCUACAAGCAUACCUCGUGUCAUCUCACACGGCGGGCCGACUCCUUCAGGGCCAAAGCGAAGCCGAAGCCUUCGGUCUGAAAGGUCUCGAAUCCCUAGCCAAGGUCUUCGGGAGCGCCGAAUUCCUCGAGCGCAAAAUGUCAGACUGGAGCGACGACGUCUUCUUCCUCGAACUCUGGGACGAGCUGCAAUACCGCGCCAGAGCAAACAGCGGCCAUGACGCCUCGGUGGGCACAGGACUGAGAGUCGAAGACGUCGCGGAAAAGACUUCCACCGCCAUCAAGGCGAAUGGCACAAAACACGGUGGCGGUGGCGGCGACGACAAUGACGAUGACGACGACGCUGAUCUCGAUGGAAGCGGCCUGUUCGACCAGACGGCCUCGGCAUAUCGCCGUCUCCGUGAGCGCAGUGAAGAGGAAAUGCUCCGCUUCUUCGACGUCAACCUGAAAGCCGCGCUGCGCCCGUACGCAAAGUUUGCGCAGUGGUCAUCGCUCGCCGAGUCACCCUCGGAUCCGGCGGCCAUGCCGCCCUCGUCCAGCCUGGACAGUUUUUUCAACACCACAGCCACCCUCCUCGGCUAUCUGUCCCGCGUGUUGGCUCCGGCCUCGCAGCGCCGCAUCAUCAAGCAUUACUGCCUGGCGCUGCAGCGCGAAAUCUAUGACAACGUCCUGAUGCACCACACGUUCUCGGCGGCCGGGGCGGCUCAAUUCGCCAGAGACCUUUCCGAGAUCAAGGCCAGUAUUGAGAAGCAGAGUAAAUUACGGGCGGCCGCAGGGGGGAGUCUCAGACGGCUUGAAGAGGCCGUCUACCUACUCUCUCUGGACGCGUCCAAGGAUGGAGGCAACGUUGAGGAUGAUGGUUGGGGGUUCGACGACGACGGCGACGACGAUGACAAAGAAGGCAGGAGAGUUACGGGCGAUGACGGCAACGGGAAAAGUCUAGGGUUAUGGGAGGCUGAGCGACUGAUUUUCGAAAGCAAUGAAGCAGCACGGAAGGCGUUGGCGGAAAUGGGGCUGGUUCAUCUCAGCGAAGGAGAGGCGCGGAACGUAUUGAAGCGGAGGGUCGAGUUGAAUGGUUUGUAG